AUGGAUGAAAUUCAAGCUGAGCAACAACAUCUAGAAGGUGGACAACAUACUCCAGGACCAGAAGCCAAUGUCACGAACCAAAACAAGCCCAAUCAAAUGACAAAAGACACACAGAUAACUGGUGGUUCUUCCUCUUCUUACUACCCAAGAGGGAAAAAGCUGCAUCAUCCUCAUCAACAACAGCUGCAAAGACAAGUACGCAACUUUUGGGAAACACAGUGCAAGGAAAUUGAGAGCACCACUGAUUUCAAGAAUGCAUUGCCUUUGAAGAGGAUCAAGAAGAUCAUGAAAGAAGAUUGUGAGAAGAUGAUAGCACAUGAGGCUCCUCUUCUUUUGUCGAAGGCGUGUGAGAUGUUCAUUAUGGAUCUGACAGCGAGGGCUUCGGUGAAUGUGGGCAUGAGGACGAUCCUUCAAAAGAGGGACAUUGUAUCAGCAGCCUCAAUGAAUGAUAUGUUUGACUUUCUUAUUGAUAUUCUUCCUAGGGAUGAGACCGUGAAGCAUGAAGUGUGUGUUGGGAUACCACCAAUGAGGGGAAAUGCUGCUGAUGUUGUUCAGAAUAUCCCUCCUCAUCCUUUCUAUUACAUGCCAUCACCUCCUCCUCACUAUUUUUGUGCUACAAUUCCUCAUCCUAUUUUUGGGCAACAACCACCCCAUCUAAGCGGUCUUAAAGCAAUCUACCCAGCCCCAAAACAUUUGAUUGUGAAAAACUCUUCAGAUUCUGAUGAUCAGAAUAAAAAAUAG